ACCACCUCGACGUGCAACAGAAGGCUCUCUCUCACAAUAUCGGACAAUACUGCGCACAGGACAACUUCCACUCACAAUAUUACGCAUGGCUCUGCCUUUGCGCAAAAGCGCGACUCUGACAGCGACUUGGAAGAAACUGAUGGGAUUGUGUAGCUCCGACGCAUAACCCGAAAUUCUCAUUUCAAACGGACAUGGAUCUGUGGGGAGUUUAUCUCUUUCAUCUUAUAACUUUGGCUCUGUCAGAGGUUGUACAUACCAGCAGAGACUGCUUGGUGGCCGGAGACUCGUGUUCGAGUGAUGAGGCUUGUAGUCCACGUCUUCGUACUUUGCGUCAGUGUGUGGCGGGCAAUGGCAGCAUGAAACUGGGCCCCGGUGCCAGGAGCCAGUGUGCCAAUGCAGUGUCUGCUCUGCUGUCCAGUCCUUUACAUGGCUGCCAAUGUAAACGAGGAAUGAAGAAGGAAAAGAACUGUCUAAGCAUCUACUGGAGCCUGCAGCAGUCUGUCAUACAUGGACUCAACCUGGUGGAGAGUUAUCCCUAUGAGACAGUGCAGAGGGAUUAUAACUAUGUUCGCUUGGCCUCUAUUUCUGCUGACUCUGUUGUUGGCAUGACAACUGUGAAUCGCUGCCUGGAUGCAGCCAAGGCUUGCAAUGUGGACGACUUGUGCCAGAAGCUCCGCACAGAAUAUGUCUCAGCUUGUAUCAAACCUACUGCCAAGUCAGGUCUGUGCAACCGGCCUAAAUGCAAUAAGGCCCUGCGCAGGUUCUUUGACCGUGUUCCUGCUGACUACACACACGAGCUGCUCUUCUGCCCAUGCACGGACACAGCGUGUGCAGAGCGUCGAAGGCAGACCAUUGUGCCCAGCUGCUCCUAUGAAACUGUGGAAAAACCUCACUGCAUUGCACAGAUGAGGACCUGCAAUGCUGACUAUGUGUGCAGGUCUCGUCUUGCACAGUUUCAGUAUGACUGUGAACCCUCCAAAACAUCCGCCAGUGGCUGCAAGCAAGAGAACUAUGGAGCCUGUCUACUCGCCUACACAGGGCUUAUAGGAAGUACAAUAACUCCCAACUAUGUUGACAACUCCACGUCCAGUGUAGCCCCAUGGUGCUCAUGCUCAGCCAGUGGGAGCCAAAGAGAAGAGUGUGAUAAUUUCCUGGGAUAUUUCACUGACAACAUCUGUCUAAGUAAUGCGUUCAUGAUGUUUGGAAAGGAGUCAAACCAACAGCCGACUUUCAACCAGUACAGCCCAACGAGCAAAGGCAGGCAAGAAAACAGCAGCACCACUUCUCCACCAGAAACCAUAGAAACUAUGAGGAACAUUCUGGAUACAAUAAUACCAACACAGAUCCUAGGAAAUGAAUUACUAGUGGGCCACUCCACCAUGUCAUCUAACAGUCUCCUAAAUGCUGCCUCACCUCACAGCCUAAUGCUUCAAGCUGCCUCCAGCCUUCUGUUGCUGCUCCUUCAAAUCCUUAUCAAUGAACACUAAAGACUGCAGGGGGGCAUGCCAAGGAUUCUCCUAGUAUCAAGCAGAUGGGAGGACCUGUGCAGUUCAGAGGAAGUGGACAUGUGAUCUUAUUUCUCCCUCUAAAUAUGUACAGCAGUUCUGUUCUUCUAUUUUUCUGUCUAAAUAGUCCGGUUCCACCUGUCAGAGUUCUCAUUCUGAGUGUGGGAGCCUUCUACAGACAGAUGCCUGUCUGUACAUUUGUAUAUUAUUAUUAUUAUUAUUAUUGCAAUCAAGCUGAAAUGAAGUCAAGGUACUGCUUUUGUGGACUAGCUAAAUUUUCAGCUAUCUCUGUGUAUCUCUAUUUAGUUAUAAUAUAACAAAUCUGUGUGAUAUUUAGACAUGAAGUAUGUACUGUAAAGAUUUGUAUUAUGAACAGAGGCUCUUGUUUGAAUAUGGUUAUGAAAAAUGACUGGGGAAAACCAGUGAGCUUUGUAUGUGCUCUGUGCUCAGUGGAUAAAGUGUUCUGAAAGCUGCCGGAGAAGAUGGGGGCAAUAAUACCAGUCUCUUCAACUGAGUGAAAAGAGGACCAUUAUAUCUGACCAAUACUGGAAUUGUCGAGUGACCAAGAGACAACAGAGCUGCAUUUCACUCAGACAUCCUGGACUAAUGCACUGAUUCCAACAUGUCUAGCACAACCAUAAAGAAGAGAUGUGGCAAAUCAGAGCACAUAACAAAAAACCUUGACAUUAUCAUCAUCCUUUCCAUUAGAACUGUCCCUUUCUCGAACUCCCUGGCAACACUUCAUUUGUUAUCGCUAAGGCCUCAGAAGAUAGAAAAUACAAGUCCUUGGUCUUUAUCAGCGAAGACGAGUUUUGGGACUUGAAAGGAAAUAACCAGAAAAGUUGAAGCUUUUUACCUGUAGCUGCUGUGCGUUGUGUUUGUGAGUGUAAUACCCCUUUGUUUCUCAUUGUGUAAGUGAUCAUUGCUAUAUGGCGCGCUGAGUUUUUGUGCCAGAGAGGAAAGUGAAUGGUUUGACUUACUGAGUGCCGCCAACACCAGUAGGGAGCCUGUUAGAGAUUUGACAACAAUGAAUGAUUCAGUAUUUCCUGCUCUGGGAACAUGCCAAUAAAGUCUGAACAGGACCCGAGGAGUAGCAAAUAAAAGUUCUCUGAUCAUUAUGAAUACAUUUUGUUAUUCAGCCUUUUCUAAUUAAAUGAUAUAUGUUUAGUGCUAAUGAAGUUAAUACUUAUAGGCUACAAUCCAACUCCAUAUUUUUACACUCACCAGUGGGGAGUUUGAGAGACACUGACACCUAAACUAAGAGUCAUAAUGAGGUACUAUGAAGUGCAUUAUUUGAAGUGAGAAUAUGACAGGAUUUACAGUAAUUAAUAAUUCAGCCCUUUGUGACAAAGUCUGAUCUGUCUUAAGCUGAUGAAUUGCUUCAUAUUGGAGAUACUGUGCUCAUAUCUUGCUUACUUGCUUCAACUUCCUUAAUGGCCAUUUGAAACAAAUUUUACGCCCUAAAGGCAUUCGGUGUACUAACUCAUAAGUACUUACUCAAUUAUAUGACAACUAUAACUAUUUUUGCUAUACUUACUAGCAGAUACCAACAGGAGAUUCAACCAGGGAAACACAUGUUGCUGCCAAAGACUAAAUAAGAAAAUUCAUGAAUUCAUUGCCAGAUGGACCGUCAUGGACUGUUUAAGAAAGCCCUUACACAUAACAGGUUAAAUAGAUUAAACAUCUGUAUAUUAAAAGAGCUGUCAUGUUUUUGUUUUGUUUGCAUAGCUUUGGAAAUAUGAAGUUGCCGUUAUGCUCAGGAGUAAAAGUGAAAUCUGGCUGAUUUGCUGAUUUCUGCUGACAUUCACUGUUAACCCUCCUCCUUUGCCACUAUUUACAUUUUGCACUUGUACUCAAUAAAUAAGCUGUGAUUGUGACACAAAACGA